GAAGAUGAAACUUGUAAUAGAUCAACGUCCUUUUUGGCCUUUACAAAUGAGGGCAUUAAUUGAACGUUCAAAGUUAGAAGCAAAAAAUUCUAGACGAAUUGAAAGAGCUUGUUCUCAAAUGGAAAUAUUAGCUAAUAUUUUGAAUGAAAAUGUUAAAAAUGAGUCUGUAGAAUCAGAACGACUCAAUUUAAUUUUUGUUUCUUCUCCUCUUCCAUUCUGGAAAGUUAGCAAAUUACAUGCAGAAAUUUUACUUUCGCUUGGAUGUUUUUUUGAGGCUAUUAGAAUAUUUGAAAAAUUAAAUUAUUGGGAAGAUGUUGUUAAAUGUUAUUUAAAUUCUGGACAAUCUGAAAAGGCCGAAAUUUUAAUUAAAAAACUUUUGGAGGAAAAAGGAGAAAAUCCUUUUUAUUAUUGUCUUCUUGGAAGUAUUACAAAUGAAGAAUGUUUUUAUUUAAAAGCUAUUGAAGUUUCCGGUGAUGGAAAUGCACUUGCCAGGGCAUCAUUAGGAAAUUUAAUGUUAAAACGAAAAAAUUUUUCUGAAGCAAUGAAACAUUUUGAAAGAUCGUUGGAUAUCCAACCAUUACAGCCUGGUAUUUAUUUUAAUUAUGGUUAUUCUGCAAUGAAAUCCGGCAAUUUUCAGACUUCAGUAAAAGCUUUUCAUCGUUGUGUAAAUAUUGAACCUGAACAUUUUGAAGCUUGGAAUAAUUUGGCAGCUUCAUAUAUUCAUUUAAAUCAAAAACAUCGAGCACACAAAAUUUUACAAGAAGCCUUAAAAUUAAGUUGGGAAAAUACUUACCUUUGGACAAAUUUUCUUUUAAUUUCUGUUGAUAUUGGGGAUUAUGAGAAUGGAAUAUCUGCUUUGGAAAGAUUAAUGGAUUUGGACAAAAAUUUAAAAAUCGAUGAAAGCCCUCUAGAAAUUAUGUCGAUUGAAAUAUUAAAUGAACAAAAUAAAGAAAAAUUGGAAGGAAUGAAGAAAUCACUUUUGAAGGUUUUGGCACGUGCAAGUUCGAGACAGUCUUUUGGCGGGAAGGUUGGAGAUUUGUUUUUGUUUGAUAAAAUAUAA